UCCGAAGAAGAGAGAGGACAGAGAGAGAGGCUUCCUUCCAAAGCAGAGAGAGAGAGAGAGAGAGAGAGAGAGAGAGAGAGAGAGAGAGAGAGAGAGAGAGAGGGGCCUCCUUCCAAAGCAGAGAGAGAAGAGAGGAAAAAAAAUGCAGCUUUUGACUAUCUUUCUCUUCCUGUAUCUCUCUCUCCUCCCUCUCUCAAUCUCCAUCUCAAGCCCAGACAUCUCCUCUCUACUCUUCUUCAAAUCCACGUCAGACCCAUCAGACUCCCUCUCCUCAUGGUCAGACGCGUCUGACCCUUGCACGUCUCCCUGGUUCGGCGUCUCCUGCCACAACAACCGAGUCACCCGACUCGUCCUGGAGCGACUCAAUCUCCAAGGCCCAAUUCAACCCCUUCUCCAACUCGAACAGCUUCGAGUCCUCAGCCUCAGCCACAACAACCUCACCUCCAUCUCUCUCCCCCUCGACUUCUCCCCAUGGAAGAAUAUGAAGCUCCUCUACCUUUCCGACAACCAUCUCUCCGGCACCUUCCCGGUCGGACUCACCAGACUCGGCCGGCUCCGCCGAGUCGACCUCUCCGGGAACCGUUUCGUGGGUCACAUUCCAUCCGAGCUGAACCGGCUGCCCCAUUUGAGGACUCUCCGCCUCGACCGGAAUUCGUUCACCGGCACGCUCUUCGAUUUCCCCCAAAUGCUCGAUGAAUUCAACGUCUCAGGAAACCACCUCGUCGGAGAAAUCCCCAAAUCCCUCUCUGAUUUCCCCGCGUUAGCUUUCGCCGGGAACGAAAACCUCUGUGGGAAGCCGCUGCAGAGCACGUGCUCGACGAAAGUCGUUCAGAGCGACCCGAUACCGAUUUUGAUAUCGGCGCAUCGGCGGAAGUUCAACACAAGGACGCUGAUGGCGAUUGUGCUUGCGGAUGUCGCCGCAUUGGGUUUAAUUAUUGGCGUUUUCAUCUACUGCUGCUGGAUAAGGCGUAGAAGAGGAGAGAGAGAUGUAGAGAAGGAAGAAAAGGAGAAGAAGAGAAAUGGGGUUUCUGUGAGAGAAGUGAAGGAAGAAGAGAUGGUUUUUUUCGAAGGGUGUGAGGGUUUUGAGACGGUGGAGGAUCUGCUGAGGGCGUCGGCUGAGAUGUUAGGGAAGGGGAGUGUAGGGUCCACCUACAAGGCCGUGAUGGAGGGUGGGGGUAAGGCGGUUGUGGUUAAGAGGGUGAGGGAGAGAGGGAGAAGGAAGGUUGGGGAUUGGAAGGAGGUGGAUGGGUUGAUGAGGGAGAUCGGACGGUUGAGACACGCGAAUGUGGUGGGCCUCAGGGCGUAUUACUGGUCCAAGGACGAGAUGCUGCUGGUCUAUGAUUACAUGCGCAACGGUAGCCUGCAUUCACUGCUCCACGGCAACAGAGGACCAGGAAGAACUCCCUUAGAUUGGACCACAAGGCUAAAACUAGCAUCUGGAGCUGCCAAGGGUCUUGUAUACCUCCACACCGCAUGUGAACCAAAGCUAGCCCAUGGCCACUUAACCUCUUCAAACAUCUUAGUCGAUCACACCGGCAACGCAUGCAUCUCUGACUUCGCCCUCCACCAUCUCAUCCAUCCAUCGAUGCCACUGUCGUCGCCUCAUAAAGCCUACAUGGCCCCCGAGUUCCUUGAAAACAACAACUACAACGGCCGGAAAGUCUCCGAGAAGGGUGACGUGUAUAGCUUCGGCAUAGUUCUCCUGGAGAUCCUAACGGGGAAGAUGGCCGGCGAGGAAGAAAUGGAUAUCGCAAAGUGGGUCCGUGAAGCGGUCCAUAAGGAAUUAACGUUGGAGGUGUUUGAUCUGGAGCUGUUGAGGUACAAGGAGAUGGAAGAGGAGAUGGUUGCACUCCUGCAAGUGGCAUUGCUUUGCUUGGGUCCCAUCCAUAAAGAGCGGCCUAAGAUGGCCGUUGUGUAUAAGAUGAUAGAGGACAUAAGGGCAAGGGGACGUGGUGGGGCCCACUCUCCAUCAGCAAACGAUCUAUCAUCCAAUUCCUCGCCUUACCUUUCAGAUACGCCUACCCUCACCAGCAGCUGAUAGCAUGAUUUUUUUUUGCUUUUAUGUUUUGUCAUAUACUAAUUUUUGUCUGCCUCUCUUUAUAUUUGUGAGUUGUACGUUGUUUCUUCUUCCAUAGCUAUUCUAUUACCCUUUUUUUU